AACUGAACGCGUUUGUACGCGGUGCAGUGCUUGCUGAUCUGUCAGGAGCUGCGAGCUAGCUGGAGCUAUGGCAAAGGUGGAAAUUGCACCACUGAGACCCUGGGAUGAUUUCUUCCCUGGAACCGAUCGGUUCGCCAAACCAGAUUUUUCCGAUUUGGUCAAAUGGAAUAACAGGGUUGUCAGUAAUCUGUUAUAUUAUCAGACAAAUUAUUUGGCGAUGGCAAUCGUUGUGUUUAUGAUUGUGGGGUUUCUGAACCCUCUGGGCAUGAUUUUGGGUGGGGCAGUCGUCUCCCUUGUGUUCAUUGGCUCGGUAUGGGGUGCGGAGAACAAGGUUAUGAUCAAGAACUUCAAGAAGAAAAAUCCCACGCUGUUCGUCCUGGCUGUUAUGGGCGCAAGCUACUUCCUCAUGUCCCUCUUUGGAGGGGUCAUGGUCUUCAUCUUCGGAAUCACUUUCCCACUGCUCUUGGUCUGUGCACAUGCUUCCACACGGCUGCGCAACUUGAAGAACAAGUUGGAGAACAAGAUUGAGGGGGUGGGGCUGAAGAAGACGCCCAUGGGCAUCAUCAUGGAGGCGCUGGGCCAGCAGGAAGAGAACUUCAACAAGAUCCAGGACUUCCUGGAGAGCAAGAUCAAGGAGUGAAGAGGAGCGGGACGGCCACUUUCCCGCGUCGUCCCUGCUCAUAGGCAGCGGGAGAGCGAGCCGUCACUUAUCUAUAGGCCCCGCCCCAUUCUCUGAUCCUUUGGUGUUCUGCAGGCUGUCAAAUGGCGCCUUAUUCUCCUGUUUAUUUCCCCCGUUUGUAUGUAAACAACACCUUUAUAUUGCACAUUAGUUGUGUCCUGCUGUCAGGAGCAGACAGGAAGACAUGUCUGCCUAUCACAGUGUCACUCUGGUGAAGGACAUGAAAUUCAUUGUUAAAGCUAGCCGUGCAACUUUUCAGCAUUCGGCAGUUUGCUUCCGCUGCUUUCUCACAUUUAUAAUAUGUGUGUUGCUUGGAAAGUAAUGCUUAUGUUUAUAGACAUGCAAUUUCACAUUUUGGAAAGAGACCAUGAUUUAGGACUUGAAGAGAUCAUUUAAUUAAGAUUGCCUGGAUUAAAAAAAGAAUGUUACUCUAUUACAGCAUGCCUAAAACAUUCGUUGUAAUGGUCGAAUUGCAUAUAUUUAUUAAAAAAAUAUCUAGAAUUAUAGGUGUAUUUAUUGAAUAUUUUUGGAGAAAUGCAGUGAGUUUCUUGUGCUACCUCAGAAUGAUCAUCUUGGUGUAUGUAUUCCACUGUGGUCAGCAUUUAAGUAGUCUCAAAAAGUAUUGUCUCAAAACUUAAGCAAACCUUGGUGGUGGUUCACUGAUAGAUUAAUUUGAAUAAUGACAGGUUGCAACACCUUUGUUUUUUGCACUCGAAAAAAAAACAUCCAAACGUCCUUUAUGCAAUCAUGGCUAUGCAAGGGGUAAACUGACAAAAUGAUUCAAACUGGGUGUUUUUUUUUCCCUUUUUUUUAAUGUAAAUUGUCUUUAUUAUGUGUUGUUUUGGAAUGUUGGAGGCAGUGAAAAUGCCACUGUAAAUGAAAUAAUUUGAGUGCAUUACAAAUUCCCUACCGAUUUAGCAGUACCAAUCAAGCUUUAAAAUUGUUUGUUCAGUCCUUUUGUGUAUUGGUGGAAAUUGUAGGGUAAUGCUUACGCAGAAUUUGUAAAGUUUAAAUAAAGAAACACUUAGGCUUGGA